AUGGCCGCGCCUCGGCCCUGGAAGGAUCUCCUGCGCGCCGCCCUGCGCGCGAUCAUCCGCCACGUCCCGUGCGAAGCGGACCGCCUCGGCCUCGGCGCCGUCUGCUUCUCCUGGCGCCUGGCCCUCGCGCGGCUCGCGCCCCUCCCGCCCGCGCCGCGCCAGCUCCCCGGCGACGCGGCCGCGGCGGGAGCGCGCUGCUUCGGCUCGUGGGACGGCGGCUGGCUCUUCCUCGCCGUCGACGACACCCGAGGCCACGAGAUCCUCAACCUCCGCAGUGGCAAGCGCCUCCCUAUCCCCGACGACUUCCCCAUGCGAUUGGGGAAGCGCGCCCCCAUGGUCAUCUGCGCCGCCACCCUCUCUCACCCGCCGGAUAACCCGCGGUGCGUCGCGGCCGCCAUCGUGGAGAUGCUCCCGGUCGGCACCGACUCGCCGCUCUUGACGUUCUGGCGCAUGGGGCACCCCGUGGGCGCCAAGGUCACGAGAUCGGGGAACGAGAGGGAGGACAUCAUACACCGCGAGGGCGCCUUCCUUGUGCUUUCCAGAGCGGAAACGCUGCUCGCGUACACCCCGCGGUUCCAUGGAUUCAAGGGCGACCUGCUCAUCGGCUGCGACGUCGUCCCCUUCCUGCGCGGGGGCCGCGAUUACGGCGACCAUCGCGUCCACGGCCGCUACCUCGUGGAGUCCCGCGGGGAACUCCUGAUGGUCGGCAGGCUCGCUCCUCGUCCUCUGGCGCCGACGUCGGCGUUCAGGGUGUUCCAGAUGGAGCGGACGCGGGCGCUCGGCAGCGGCAAUGUUGGGUACACCUGGAGGGAGCUGCCUGCGUUGGAUGGCCGGAUGCUGUUCGUCCAACGAGUCUGCUCCAGGUCCUACGAGGUGUCUGACUACCCAGGCUUCGAGGACGGGGUGUACUUCCUGGAUGAUGGGGUGGACGUCUGCGAUCCGUGCUUUGACAAUGGAAAGUGGUCUGCGCCGCCUUCCCACGUCGACCGCCGCUUCCCGCCUGGGCAAGUCCUAUCGGUCUACAGGUCUCCGGUUUGGUUCCUCCCUUGAGAUAGCAGGUUUUGGCAAUGGGUGCUCAGCUUAGUUUGUGAUGGCGCAGCAUAUGUUUUCUGUCGAUCUGGCUACUAUGUCGCUUCAUUUACAUUGUGUAGUCGCCUCUUUCUGCGAUCUAUAGUUUCAUCAUGCUGAGAUUGUUGUAGAUAUCCUUGACAGUGACAUAAUUGUUGUUCAGUCUCAUAAGUGUAAUGAUAUGAUGUGGUGAGAUGUUAGCUGAAGUAAGCUUGGAGUCCUCCUUUCGAAUUUGAAAUCAUUUCCAUCUAGGCUCAGUGCGUACUUUGUUUGUUUUACCUAUCAUUACUACUUGAUCUCUAGAUAGUACUAAUUUCUUGUACUCAAUCUGAUUUCAUCAACUGUAAUGACAUUCAGUUGAUGAUAAGAGAUGCAUCACACCCUUGUGAUGAACUAUGGAUAUUGCAAUGCGAGAAUGUGCACCUUAGUGCUUAGACUUUUACUGAUAUACACACACAAUACUAUGGAAUUGAAUUUGCAUGAA